GGUGCGAGCGUGCGGCGGCCGGCGAAGCGGAGGCGUGAAGCGGCGGUGGCGGCAGGCGGCCGCGCACGCGGCGGCCGGCGGAUGGGGAGCGACGGCCAGUAGGCGGAGGCGGUGGAGGUGGCGGCCCUCCUAGCGGCGGGCAUGGUGGUCGUCGGCGUCGGCGUGCCCCGCGCCCGCUCCUCCCAAUGGGAUCCUCUCCUCCUCGUCGGCGUCGUCAUCCCCCUCGUCCCCGCCGGAUCCCGCCGCGGCGCGGUGGCCGGCGUCCUCCUUCUCCUCCGCCGCCGCAUCGAGGGCGUGCCCCUCUUCUCCCUCCCAGCCACCUCUGCCCGGGUCGGCACGCACGCCUCCAGCACUUUCAACUCCUUCUGGCCAUCGUCGUCGUGCUUUCGGUGUUGAGCAUUGCUGGAUCAGUCGCCAUUGUUUACCUCAUGUACAGAUGUGUCAAGAAGAAUGGCCUCCCGGCCGUCAAUAUCAACACCAACACGAGCUUCGCGCCGGGGACGGCCCGGCGGCGAUGUACACGGUGGUGCCGGACUCCCAGAUACGCAACGCCACCAUCGAGAGGUUUCUUAAAGAGAUCGCCGGCGAGAAGCCCAUCCGGUUCACGGCGCAGCAGUUGGCCGGAUUCACGAACAACUACUUGGCUCGGCUCGGCGCCGGCGGUUUCGGCACCGUGUACAAGGGCAUGCUCCCGAACGGUCACAUGGUCGGCCGCUGCGCGCUCGGCCGCCUGCCGCCACCGCCGCUCCGCGCCUCCGCUCCAUUCCGCUUCACCGGCCGCCGCGCGCUCGCACGCCGCCUCCGCCGGCCGCCGCUCAGCCCCGCUCGUCGCCCGGCCGUCUGCUCCCUACCUGUCGGUUGGCCUGCGAUAGAAGAGUGGCAGAGAGAGAGAGAGGGGAGGAAGGGAAAGAAGAGAGGAAAGGGAAGUUGAUGUGGCAUGCUGACAUGUGGGGCCCACGUGGGUCCCACGCCCACGUAGGCUAAAACCGGGUUAAAAUCACCGAAGGACCUGAUAUGGCCGGUUUUGUAUAGUUAAGGGACGCCGAAUAUCUGGUUUUAUGGUUCGAGGAUGUUUCUGUAUCCCGAUGACAAGUUGAGGGACCUUCGGUGUACUUUUUCCCACCAUUUACUGCCAAGGCUGGGUGCGGAAUAAG